AUGGCCAAAAGAAAGACCGAAGCCAAGGAAGAGAAGCCUGUGAAGAAGCCUGUCAAGGCAAUUCCAGAAACCCAAUACUCCAUAUGUGUUCCAUCUACUAUAAUAUCAGCCGCAAAUGCUAAGAAUUUAGAACAAAUAACGUCUAUUGCAUAUCAAAUAGCAAAAGCUGCAACGAUUUAUAACGUAGCCGAAGUCGUGGUGUUAGACGUGCCCACGUCGUCCAAGAAGCAAGAUCUUGCCGAAAAAGAGGCUGCCAAGGUUGUUGAAUUGGGCAGUAACAAAGGUGGUAAAAAGAUCAAGUUCAACUUCAGCGAUGAGGAUAUAUUGAAGCCAACCGCCGUCGAAAAAACCAAAGAACCAGAGACUCCUGUGGACCUCUCGUCUGACCUUAACGAAAACAACACCUUACUCUUCGCUACAUUAUUGCAAUACUUCAUGACUCCGCCAUAUUUGGUCAAGUCUGUCUUCGCAAACAACCAAUUCCACACCAAGUUCAAAUACGCCCAAAAACUCCCCAAGAUAUCGACCCUCCCAUUUAUGUCCAACAACCACGUCUCCAAGGACUUCAAGGAAGGUCUCACCAUCCCCAAGGCCACGCCAAAGGUCACCAAAAAGAACAAAAAGGUCAGUGCAUUGAAAAAAUUGUCCGUCACCAAAUAUGUCAAUAUCGGCGACGCCGAGCCGUUUGUAUUGGACCACGAAGUCCCCGUCAACGUCAGGGUCACGGUGGACUUGAAAAACAAAAAAAUCGUCUCCCCCCUCCAGGCCUAUGGCUUGAUCGGCUCCAAACUGUCCUUCGGGUACCAUGUCAGAUACUGUGCCAACUUCAGCUCUAUCUUCACUCAGUGCUCGUUCCCCGAAGGCUACACAUCUACCAUCUACGUCAACUGCGACGACUACUUCAACUCCAACGACACCAUUGAAGCCAGAAACUCUAUAAACAAAAACCCCGACCUCUCCCCCAACGACGGGAAGAUUCUCCUACUUUUCGGUAACUACAACGACAUAGACUAUAGUUUCCAGAACGACAAAGCCAAUUUGCCUGGCGUUGAAAAUGCUUCCCAGAUGUUCGACGGCGAGUUGCCAAUCCCAAAAGGUGUUAAAAUAGAAGAUGCUACGCUAAUCAGUCUUACGAAAGUAUACCACUAG